CGGUUCGGACUUUGCGACGUCAGAGGAAACAGUCAGCGAUAUCGGCACUGAUGGCUGUGGUCCUUCAACAGAAACCAUUAAACUAGAGACAGUUUCCAAACGUUCAGGUUUUCUGGGGUCGUGCUAUGUCUUCGGGAAUGACAGGACAAACGCCCUGCCUAACCAGUCGCUGGGAUCAGCCAGCACAACCCAAGAAGGGUGUGGAACAGAAGAGCAUUGGAAAUGCCACCCUUCCCGUCGCUUUACCGGGAGUUGUCGGUUCCCCUGGUCCACACAGUCCAGCUUCUCAGCCCCCAGAAGCAGAAGAAACGCCUAAGGGGGGAGUUGAGAAAGCAGCAGCAAUGGCUGCUAAAAUAAAUGCCAUGUUGAUGGCGAAAGGGAAACUUUUAACUCCUCCACCAUUACUUCCAAAGAAACCUCCAAGCACCUCUCUACCAAUCCCCACGGAAGAAAUGGUGGUCACAGAAGUUGAUAUCAACGAUGUGCCCCUAAAUUGCAGAGAGCUUCUUACUAAAGGCAAAACGCACGAGGAAAUCAGAUUGUUUAGUGGAGCGGUUGUCUCAACUAAAGGUCUUUACAUGCCAGAAGCUGUAAAGGCAGGAGGACAAAGACCUUUGUAUUUGCAUGUUCAGGGAAAGACACAGGAGCAGGUCAAUAAAGCUGUGAUGAGAAUAAAGGAGAUCAUUUCUGAAGACGUGAUAAGGGCCUCAGCGGCGUCAGGAGGACAGCAGGUUCCUGUGAUUCCGCCGCUCACUCUUUACCCCCAGCCCCCCCGGCCCGUCAUUCCCACUCCCGUGCCACGAGCGCCCAGCGCAAACUCCGUGCCCGGCCAGGGACAUCGACCAGCAGCUCCUCACACAGGGAGUUUUGUGCACACAAAAAUAUUUGUUGGCUUGGACCAAGCAUUGGCUUCGUUCAACGUAAAGGAAAAAGUCGAAGGUCCAGGAGGUUCGUACCUGAGUCACAUCCAGACAGAGACGGGGGCCCGCGUCUUCCUCAGGGGGAAAGGGUCCGGUUACAUCGAACAGGCAUCCAAACGAGAAUCCUUUGAGCCUCUUUACGUCUACAUCAGUCACCCAAACGCAGCUGGAUUAGAGUCGGCCAAGAACCUCACAGAGAGUCUGCUGGAAACUGUGAGAGCCGAACACGCCCGAACGGUGUCGAUGUACACAGCCACAGGCGCAACGCAGCCAUACGCAGCACAUGGAUUUCCAACUAAUAGCAGUUACUCUAACCAGGGGUCCUGGUAUAACUACCCAGCAAAUGGAUAUGCUGGCGGCUAUGCAGCGUAUCCAGGAGCCGGUGGUUAUUGGAGUAAUGCAAAUGGCCCCCCAAGUCAAUCUAACCUGUCGACAACCCCAUCUCCAUCUUCUCAGGCAAUGAUUCAGUAUCCAGUGUGUCCUAGGAAACCACAUCCCUUCCUUGUCCAGGGUCCAGGCAGCAGUGAGACAGUGGAGCCUGCAGGAUCUUUAAGCAUCCCCCCUGACUCAGGAAGUGCCACACAUCAGAUCCAGGCGGGGGCUGAGGACGAACAGCCUGCCAGCUGCUCUCUUGAGGGUCCUGCUCACCUGGAGUCCACCCUUCCUUCAUCCAGUGGAGGAGAGGAGAAAGUUGUGGAAAGGAUAUUGAUGCCGCCACCCCCGCCCCCCUUUGUGGCUCCUCCCCCCGUUACACGCAAGAGGACGAGGGACCCCGUGCCAGAAGACCCCGCCAGUCCCCCUCCCCCCGCCACCUCCGCACCAGCGGGUGUUGAGGAAGAGGUGCCAGUGAAGAAGACUAAAGUGACCGUUGACUCUUCUGGGCUCGUGCCCUAUGGGGGAGACUCCUCCGACGAAGAGGAUGAGAGGACACACAGCAGUAAGACAGAAAACCUAUAACCUCUGUCCACCUCGUCCCCACUGUCCCAAGGUUUUUAAAGACCCCCGAGCUUCAACUUUCAGUACGUCGACAAAACUCAGUCACAAUAAAAGGAGAAGUCUGUCCUGAAGUCGUCAUACCAGCACUUUGACCUACUUUGUUUUAUUUUGGUUAAACUCUGAAUCCUUCUAAAAAGGGAAAAAAGGUUUAAAUGAACCUUUUAAACUAGCAUUGACCGGUUUAAAACGGUGACUUACAGUAUGUAAUAUACUGAUUUAUGCUGUAUAGUUUUCUAAAUUCCCGUGUUUUAUUAGUCUAAACAAAGGCCGUAGUCUCUAGAAGCUCUUAAACGAUUAAGAUUUAUCUUUUAAACUAACAAACACUUUGUAAGCUAAUGUAAAUAUAUUAAUUUAGACUAACUAGUCAUUGUUUGCUUGUAGUCAAACGUCAUUCAGGCCUUUUGGGGAAAAAAAACAAAAGUAAACUAAACUAAUUUCCACUUUAACCAGGCUAUGAAUAUUGCUCUUAUCUACUUUUAAGAUGACCCAAGAAGUAAAAUAAAUCCCAGUUUAUACACUCUUAAAGUAUGGAGGUACACAGGGCAGACUUCUCUUCAAGAUGUGAAUACAGCUGUAGAUUAAGGGUUAACUUUUUUUUUUUCUUUCAUUCCCUCAACUUUUGUUAAAGUCUCGUCUUUCCCGUUUUGAGCUUAAACGUCUGGCCUUGCUGCAGUUGCACAUUGUUUAAAUACAUAUUAUAAACUUCAGUGAAACCUUUUUCUCAUCUUGGAAAAUGGUGUAUGCCUGUUCCCAUGGAAUACUAUAAUAAAACGACUUCAAAAAGUGUC